AUUGGUUCCGCGUUUAUCCGAGAGGGCAGUUGUGGCCUGAAUAACAACAAAGCGUUCAGAAUACGGUGCAGUGUACCGGUAUAGUACUCACGUGUGUGCUUAUCUUCGCGUACGUAAAUAAAUUAGUUGUAAAGUGGCAAUCGUCGCAUAAAGAUGUACUCUGUCGACCAGAGAAAAUUAAAAUAUCUUGCUUGUGUUUCCUGCAAGAAUGUCUUCUUCAAUAAACGAGGGUCAGAUAACAAUCGAGGCAAGUAUCCACGGCUUCUUGAAUGUGGACACUCGAUAUGCGAGCAUUGUAUCAAAACAAGUCCAAAAAAGUUCUGUGAUAGUUGUGGCACGGUUUUUAAGAUUCAUCCAAAAGAUGAUCCAAAUAUACCCAUCAACGCAUACCUCAUGGGAAUUUUUACUUCAAAUCAAGUGUCAGCAUUAUCGAAUGAGCCAAACCUUGACUUUCAACCCUUGGUAAAAGCUCGGUCUAAACAGCUAUUGCCUGAAAAUCUAGACAGUUGUUCAGAAUGUGGGAGUCAAGCUGAAUACCAAUGUCGCCAAUGUGAGGUCUUCUUCUGUGGCCCGUGCUACACGAAGAUCCAUGGUAGAGCUCUGCAGAAUCACCAGAGAAUUUUACUGGGCAAUAACCCUGGUGGGGUUUACAAACUAUUGUCCAAUAAAUGUGAAUACCACAGCAAUCAGGACAUACAAUGCUAUUGCGUCAAGUGCAAAGUCUCUGCUUGUGCAUACUGCUUGUCCUUGUCACAUCAAGGCCACGAGAUUAUGCCUCAAUCACAAAAGAAUGAAGAAAUGAAGGAGCAGCUUCUGAACUUGGUUGAAAAAUUGGCAGAGACCCGCCAGAGAGUGAAGCGGGCUGUAAGGAAGUUGUCAAAGUCUUACAAUUAUCUCGGGGAAACGCACGAACGUGCGAAACAGAUAGAAGAUAUCGAAGCCAAAAUCACCAGGCAUUUCGUACAUUUACACGGUGUUCUACAAAACAUGGAACUGCGUUUUAUCAAACAACUGUACGAACGACAGCAUCGCAAAAAAAUAAAUUUGGAAGCAGUUAGGGAAGAACUGAACGAACAGAAGGCUAACAUUAAAACUGUUAUGCUGCUGGCCCAGGCUGCAAUGGAUAGUAGUUCUGAUGUGAACAUGGAGGCGAUAAUUCAGAAAUUGGAAGAAACUAUCGAUGUGCCUUGCCAUCUGGUUACCAAUUGCGUUUCCGAUGAUGAUAUCGUUAUAAAUAUCGACGAAAGUAUCGUCGAAUCUCUCGAGGGGCACUGUACACUUGAAAUCUCACCGGUUUCAAAUUACUCAUUACUAAGAACCGAUGAUUUACCCGAAGGCUACGAAAUGGAAGCCAUUUCACGAGAAGAAAUCACGGAUUGUAUGCUAUCUACAAUUAAAAAAUCACCAAUGACUUCGAGUAGAAUCGCACUAACCGGGAGUAGCCCAACAUUAUUGCCAGCAGACCGAAAACCGGACCCCGGCCUCGUCGAACGUACUAAUGAAGCUGUUCGAAUCACACACAUCAAAGACCCGUCUUGUUUUUACGUACAACUUCUGUGUCGUGAUAGAGAACUUGAGCAGCUAGAGAUAUCACUUGCAAAGCAAGCUCUCACUGCAGCUCAACCCACAGAAAUAGCAUUAAACAAGAUGUACGUUGUACUGUACGCAAAGACUUCGGAGUGGUCUCGUGGUCGUGUGACGAAGGUAUACAAGGAUGCGAAGGGUUCUGAUGUCUGUGACGUGUUUUAUGUUGACCAUGGAAGUACUGAAAUUGGAAUUUCUGUUACCAAAAUGAGGAACAUGUCACUACAAACUUCACUCAUACCUAUAAUGAGCAAACGAUGUGCCUUACAUGACAUAUCGCCAAUUGGUGAUCAGUGGGGAGAUGACGCUAACGCUGCGAUGUAUGACAUGGUCAAUGGCCAGCAAAAUACUAUAAUGCACACCUAUCGAGUUUGUAAUGACAUUUACCAUGUUGAUAUCUUGAAGUAUUCGGCCGGCGAUGGUGACUGGUCAAUUUCUGUAAGAGAUGCUCUCAUAUUCUUGGAAUAUGGUUGUUUCGUGACUUAUGAAAGACUGAAGAGAAUUAAUCCGCAAUCAUUGCGGAAAUAUUAUGAAGCGGAAAUUUCUAUUGGAAAUUCCUAUGUAGUAGAAGUUAGUCACAUAGAAUCUCCAGACUGUAUCUAUCUGCGGGAGUCUGGUCAUGUCGGAAAAUACUUGGAAAAACUGGUAAAGGAUAUGACUGCUGAGUAUAAAGGGACGAAAACGAAUAGGGGAAUAAUUUAUACGCCCCAGAUAGGAAUGCCAUGUGCGGCAAGGCUUGACUCUGGUCUAUGGUAUCGUGCACGAGUCAGCAAUUUAAUUGGAAAUCGUAAUGUCGAGGUAUAUUUCGUCGACUACGGAAAUACGCGCGUAUAUCAAUACGAUCAAAUUAGAAGACUUCAGUACAAAUUCAUGUCCAUGAAUGCUCUGGCGUUUAAAGUCGCGCUGAAGGAUGUCUGUCCUAUGGAAAACGGUCGAUGGAGUUCUGAAAGCAAAAAAUUUACGAUUUCAUGCUUACAUUCUAAACUUCUGAAGAUAUUUGUCGCAUCUAAAGAAGAUCAAUGUUACAAAGUCAUUAUAUAUCUUCCCAACGUAAAAGGAGUUAAGAAUUUUAACGCCGUGUUAGUGAAACGAGGAUAUGCUCUAAGCACAGGCCCUGGUUCGCAGAAAAUCAAUAAAAAGAAAAAGACAAAAAAAUCAAGACCAUUAAAUACAACAUUUGACGAUAGUCUUGAAGAUACAAUGGUCGCCGACAAAUAUGAGGAAUCAGAUCCCUUCAAAUUGCAAGUGAAUGUCUUGCAAGUAGUGUCUCCUGACUGCAUUUACGUGGCUGAUGUAAAGACUACUACAGUAAUAAAGCAGAUGACUAGAAAAAUACAACAGUUUUACAACAAACAUAGAUCCUCUCAGAAUUUUGAGUGGAAAAAGAAUGACGUUUGCGUUGCUUAUUCUGCUAAAGAUAAACUAUAUCAUCGAGCCAGAAUAACUGAAAUAGAGUUGCCUGAUAAAAUUGAUGUAUUCUUAUACGAUAUCGGUAUUAUGGAGACAGUGAGCUUGGACGACUUACAAUAUUUACACCCCAAAUUUUCUACCAUACCUGCGAGAGCGUUCAGAGUCAAAUUGGCGGGUAUUCAUCCUUGUGGAGGCUCAAACACGUGGGUAUCUGCAUCGAGUGAAAGACUAUCUGAAAUCGUAGUCGCAAAUCAAGAUUCCGAAUUCUACAUUUCUAAGGUGGCGGGAAUAGAAGAUAAUGCCAUAUGGGUUGAGCUUUGGGUGCGAGAAGCAAGAACAGAAAGCGCAUUGUCGCCAACAAUCGUGGAAAUCAAUUCUAUUAAUCGUAAAUUGGUUGAGGAAGGUGUCGCGCUUGCAGUUAAAGGAUACAAAGAUGAGUCUAAAAAAGUAUUGGCUACUGAAGUUAGACACCAGCUAUCACGAACUGAGGACCCCGAUAUUUCCACUGAUGUUAAAUGGUGGAAUAAAACUCGAGGGUCAAGUUGUAUCUCAAAUAGCCCUAGUGAUGCAUCGAUAUUUUUUGCAUCAAAUGUUAUUUCGGAAUUCGAUCUAAGCAGCAAAGAUGAAAGUGAUAUUGAAAAAGAGACAAAUGUGGUUCCAAUACCCCCUCCACUUGCGGCCUGGAUACCAGCUGUGCCAUUCCAAAAAAAAAAAUUCUUUGGGGUUGCUACAAAUAUUGACCAAGAUUGCAUCGUACAUCUACAUUCGCUAGAAGACAAUGCCAAGAUGUUAGAGUAUAUUGAUGCUGCGCUACAAGAUCAUUACAUGGAAUCGGUACCAGAAAAAUGCGAUUUACAAUGGGCUCCAAACGAUGUAUGCAUUGCCCUAUAUCAUGCCGAUCACAAGUGGUAUCGUGCUCAAGUUCUUGAAGCACCUGAGGAUGGUCUAAUCAAGGUUAUUUUUGUGGACUACGGAAAUGUAGAGGUAUGCGAAGUUGGCACAUUGAGAAAACGUGUUAUAAUGGGUCAUAUUCCAAUUCAAGCAAUAAAAUGCAAGAUCCAAGGAUUGGUUUCGUCUAAGCCAGAUGGUCGAUGGAAUACGUCGGAAUUGGACAUUAUACAUACGAUCUUGGUUGAUAAACAAAGCCAAAUCACGAUUUUAGAUGACAGCGAUUCACAGCUGCUCUUAAUAUCGAUCACCUUGAGUGAAUUCAAAGAUAUGGAUUUAUUACGGUACUUGAAGUAUGAACAAUAUUUCGAUAUCCGUGGCAUGGAAUCGGAAAAAUCAUUUUGCGAAGGUUCUUGUAACGAUGGCUCGGACUUAAUCGGUUUCGACAGUGAGGAUGUGAUUGUCGAAGGGUGCGUGGAUGAUUAUGUGCGCUCUGCUCCAGCACAGCAAUCCCUGUUCAUCAACCGAUGCUCGUCCUCGAGUUCGGAACUCGUAUCUCCGAUCUUCAAGGUGGAUGAAAAACAAGAAGAAAUACUUACUGGAUCACUCGUCGUAUUGAAAAAAGGCAUCUCAAUAGAUUCGGAUAUCAGCACAGGAGGCUGUGAAAAUCCGAAAUUAAUUAUUGAGAUCCAAAGUCUAAAGGACUUGCAUUCCAAGAACGAAUCUUUCCAGAGAGCAACUUCUACUCCACAAAAUGAAGAAGAAGAUGAGAAUGAGAAUGACGAAGGGGAGGAAGACUUUAUUGAUUACGAGUAUUUAUACGUUCCCGAUAAUCUGGAGAUCGUAGACUUAGAUCCACGACAUAUUGAAAGCGCUACAGUGUUCUAUGCACAAGUUGACAAGUCUAUGGGAAUCGAGUAUAUAGACAAAUGUCGACAACGAAUCGCUACUGUUGUCGCGGAUAUGCAAAACAAAGCACAUGACCAGCCAAAACUCGUGCACAUAAGACUUGGUGCUCCGUGUUGCGCGAAGUAUGAUCAUGAUGUUGAAUCAGGGUGGUAUAGGGCUAAGAUAGUCGAAAUUUUACCCAAUAGUCGAGAAGUUCAAGUGCAAUAUGUUGAUUUCGGUAACGUGGAAUAUCAAUCAAUUGACAAAGUGCAUCAAUUAAAAGAAGAGUGGCUGGCCGUACCUGUGAUAAAUAUGCGAUGUAGACUAUGGAAUAUUCGCGCAGACCCUCAAGUAUCGGUAAAAGCAUUAUUGCCCUCAUUCAAUGAAAUCUUUUACCAAGGUGCAAUCCGCGCACGAGUAAUGGAACGUUUUCUUGAUUGUAUUGACGUGGAGCUGUAUUCAGAUGAAAGUUGCACCGAACUGCGUUACGAUUCCCUCAUUAAAGACGGAAUAUUUGAAGUGGUAGAGUAGUAACUUUCACGUAAUAUAAAAUAAGAAAUAAUUUUUUUUUACAGAAAAACUAACUAAAUUUGUUUCCGGUUAAAUAUAUGAAGAAAUAUAUUCAUGUUGACUUUAGCAUUAUACCAAAAGUUUGAAAUGUCUGUACUUCUGAGGAAGAGGAUGUUUCCGAAACGUCUAGAGACUGAUAUUCAGAAUUUAUAUUAAUCUAACCUUAAUUGAUUUUUAUCACUUAAAUUUAAUUUGUAGUUUUGUAUUAAUCUUUACCAUUGUUUUAUUUUCUGUGAUAAUACAUCAAUACAAGAUAUGACAAUCUCCAUGA